AGGCCAUGCAACAGUUUUAUUACUGGCCAGAUAUGGUGACAGACGUGCAGCGUUACGUGGCCACGUGUCCGAUCUUCCAGCGAAUAAAAUCAUCACAUCAGCGAUCGACAGGACUGUUGCAGCCCCUCGAGCCACCUCAACGCCCAUGGCAACACGUGACGAUGGAUUUCGUUCGUUACAGGUCUGCCGGCCGGAUCCAGCAGAAACGACACAGUCUUGAUUGUUGUAGACUGAUUGACGAAAAUGGCGCAUUUCGCACCAUGUUGUACAACCAUCACAGCCGAAGAAACCGGGCGACUGUUCAUCUCGACCGUUGUUCGCCUACACGGGAUACUAGCAGCAAUCAUCAGCGAUCGAGACCCGAAGUUCACGUCGAAAUUUUGGCAGGACACGUGGGCUCGGUACGGCACACGCCUGCAAUUCUCAUCCGCUUAUCAUCCCCAAACGGACAGUCAGACAAACAGGACGAACCAGACGAUGGAGCAGCUGAUUCGGACAAACUGCCCCAACCGAAACAAAUGGGAGGGCGCGCUUCCCAUGUUGGAAUUUUCCUACAACAAUGCGCCCUCAGCUACGACUAAUCACUCCCCACGGUACCUAUCUCCGCCA